AGUCUCCGAGCUCCUCUUGCGCUGUGCAGACCGCCGCAGCCGCCCAAAUCCCAAUACAAGAGGCAGAGAGAGAGAGAGAGAGAGAGAGAGAGAGAGAGAGAGAGAGAGAGAGAGAGAGAGAGAGAGAGAGAGAGAGAGAGAGUGAGUGAGAGAGAGAGAGAGUAAACCUAUACACAGACGUAUCGCUGCACGUCUACACAGACAUCUAGAGGUAUCUGAGUGGAGAAGCUACGCUAUUACUGUUGUGCAGUUUGGAAUAUUAUUACGCGUUGUGUGGUGUACUGUAUAACAAAAUGUUGCCGAAAUUCCUGGCGACGCUCUCGCUUCUGCUCGUCGUGGCAGCGAGCCCAAUGACGACGGAGCAGUCCACCCUUAUGACGUCCCCCAGUACGGAACUGAAUCUCUGUCCCUGCGUCGCCAACAGCACCAGUUCUCCAGCUCACGAGCAUCAGAGCAAGAUGCCCAACACCCUGAUCCACGGGAUGACCUGCUUGUGUCACGCCGGUCCCGCUCACGGUUCUCAGAUGCGAGAUGACUACAGGUACAGCCCCGGAAUCGGGGCGCACAAACUCCACACCAGAGCGGCUAGCUGGAACGAGGCCCGCAAGAUGUGCAACGAGGAGGGAGGCCAUUUGGCUAUCAUCAAUUCGCUCACCGAGGCGACCAUGCUAAUGGACAUCUUCACGAAGUCGGGUCCAGUAAAGGGCGCCCCCUACCUCGAUCUGGCCUACGUGGGCAUCCACGACCUGUACAAGGAAGGCGAGUGGGUCACGAUACUCGGUGAGUCGCUCUUCAAGACCGGCUACACCGUCUGGUCGGACAAGUGGGGCGGACAACCCGACAAUGGCGGCAGCAGUGGCAACCAGAACUGCGGCGUCUUCCUCAAGGAGGGCGGACUCGACGACGUCAACUGCGACAUGCCAUUCGCCUUCUUCUGCGAGCUACCGAUGACUUAUAUCAUUCACUGAGGUGUUUUUUUUUCUCGAAAAGAUGAUGUGAUUACCUGCUAAGAGAGGCUAAUUUUGUAUAUGCUAAUCAUUUAGAUGAAGUACUUUCAUUCUUGUAACUACUAUUGUGCCAUAUUUGUAUAGGUUCAUUGAAUAAAUAUUUUUUAAUAAAUUAAAA